AUGAAGUCUGCGGCGAGCGCGCGCGGGGGCGGCCGCGGCGGCUGGGGCGGCGGCUGGGGCGGUGGCCGAGGCGGAGGCAAGGGAGGGGGCGACGGCGGCGGCGCGGGCAAGGGCGGCUUCGGGGCGCGGGGGCGCGGCUUCGGCGGCGGGCGGGGCCGGGGGCGCGGCGGCGGGGACGCCAGGGACCGCGGCGGGCAGCGGCGCGGCGGCGCCACCAAGGGCAAGGGCCGCCGCAGGAAGGCGGUCAUCGCGGUGUCGGUGGAGCCGCACCGGCACGAGGGCGUGUUCAUCUACCGCGGGGCGGAGGACGCGCUGGUCACCCUGAACAUGGUGCCCGGCCUGUCGGUGUACGGCGAGCGGCGCGUCACGGUGACCGAGAACGGCGCCAAGCAGGAGUACCGCACGUGGAACCCGUUCCGCUCCAAGCUGGCCGCUGCCAUCCUGGGCGGGGUGGACCAGAUCCACAUCAAGCCCAAGUCCAAGGUGCUGUACCUGGGCGCCGCCUCGGGCACCACGGUGUCCCAUGUCUCCGACAUCAUCGGGCCCGACGGCCUGGUCUACGCGGUCGAGUUUUCCCACCGCGCCGGCCGCGAUCUGGUCAACGUGGCCAAUAAGCGAACCAACAUCAUCCCGGUCCUGGAGGACGCCCGGCACCCGCUCAAGUACCGGAUGCUCAUCGGCAUGGUGGACGUGAUCUUCGCGGACGUGGCCCAGCCCGACCAGUCCCGCAUCGUGGCUCUGAACGCGCACACCUUCCUGCGCAAUGGCGGUCACUUCCUCAUCUCCAUCAAGGCCAACUGCAUCGACUCCACGGCGUCGGCCGAGGCCGUGUUUGCGUCCGAGGUGAGGAAGCUGCAGCAGGAGAACCUGAAGCCCCAGGAGCAGCUGACCCUGGAGCCCUAUGAGCGAGACCACGCCGUGGUGGUCGGGGUCUACCGGCCCCUCCCCAAGGGCGGCGGCAAGUAG